UUUUUAGCCAAUCAAGUCUCCCCUUUGUUGCACGCGCACUCGAUGUGAAAGCCCCGACACGAAUUUAUUUGAACGGAGCAGACGUGAGUACAAGAUUAAUUUCUGCAUCCGCCAGGAACGUGAAAAUAGUUCAGAGAUUAAUCCACCUAUAGCACAUUCAAAGUGAUUCGUUUCUACAUGUGACAAGUGGAUCCAGUUAAAUGAUUUCAACCUUUCACUGAGGUUAAAUGUUUUUUUAACGCGAUCUGGAGUUAUCAAGUGAAGAGAUACGAGUGAAGAUAAAUAGUUGCCAGCAGUUGAAAGGUCCAGAGGAUAUAUAAGGGAACCUUAACAACCAUGGAAUACCCACUGAAUUUGUCCCAUCUACCCUUCAAGACAGCAGUAAACGGAAAUCACAUCGCGAACUCUUCACAAGUGGCUGGUUACUACGACUUGGCCUUCUACCAGUCCGCGCAGUUUAGAAUCACCGUCAUCGUCAUCUUCAGCUUUGUUUUCCUGCUGAGUUUAUUCGGCAACCUGAUCGUCCUGUUCGUCAUCAUACGCCACACGAGGAUGAGGUCCUACACCAACUUGUUCCUGGCCAACUUGUCCUUCGCUGACCUGUGUGUGGCGAUAUUUUGUGUGCUUCCCCUCAUGCACCACUUGCUGGCUGACCAAUGGUGUUGCGGGCAGGUUUUCUGCAAGUUGUACAAGCUAGUGGAGACCAUCAACAUCAACGCUUCCAUGUUGCUGUUGGUCGUCAUCGCUGUGGAGCGCUACAUCGCCAUCAAACACCCGCUCAAGGCCAGGCAGCUCUUCACCAGGAACAAAAUGUGCAUCGUCCAGGUUUCCGUAUGGCUGGUGUCCGGCGUCAACGCGAUCCCCAACGUGAUGUACUACGACGUGAUCACGUUUAACGAGACCAACAAAUUGGAAUCGAUCUGCUUCUACCGCGGCAACAACUCCAAGUCGAUGGAGAUCUACUACUACUGCAACUUUGGCAUCUGGUACGUCCUGCCCCUGGUCACCAUGACGGGGCUGUACGUUGAGAUUAUCCGUACCCUGUGGGGGAGUAACCUAGCCACUCAGGUAGUCUCCGCCAGGGCACGGAUUAGCUCGGUAGUUUCAUCUACAACCAGUGACGGAAAUGGGGACGUCGAGAGCAACGCGAACGUCAAAGGAGUGAGUGUAAACAACGGGGGUCAGUCGUCGAGUCGGGUUCACGAAACGAAAGAGAGUGAGAAUCUGCUGGACAGGAAUAAGUUAGAAUUGAAGACGGUUUCAAAACUUCAAGAUGUUAAAUCCGCGACGAAAUUUAAUUUCGGGAACGGGAAAGCGUCCGAUGCGGGGUUCGAGAAAAACGGAACUGAGAGAAAACAUGUGAGGAAGGUGUACAGGCCAGACAAUCGAGGUCACCCGCGCGUGGGUAGACGGUCACGUGUGUGCCAGGUCAAGCGAUGCGUGUCCAACUCCUCCUACGACACGGACAGCAGCAGCGAGACGGACGCUCGGCCGGCGGAACCUGGUCAGCAUGGAGCUGAACGGGGAAGAAACAGCUCAGGCGCCAGCUCUGUUGUGAUGUUCCAGCGACGGAACUCGACGCACUACGCCUCCAGGCUUCGCGUCAUUCGACUCCUGAUCGUUGUCUUGGUAACCUUCGCCGUUCUCGUCCUCCCGAACCACCUGAGGUUGAUCGGGUUCCGAAUCCCGAGGUUCCACAUGUUCACACAAACGUGCCAGUUUCUGUUGUACCUCAACUCGGCCCUCAACCCCGUCAUGUACAGCAUCCUCUCGCAGACCAUUCGAAGGUAUAUCCGCGAGUCUUUUGACUGUUGCAAGAUCUGGAAGACACUGAGAAAGUCAAGCGUCAGUAAGUCAAGCGUCAGUAAGUCAAGCGUUAACAAGGCUACCGACUCCAAGAAAACUUUAGGGUGAUACGGCACUGAUAGAUUCUAAAACAGAGCUGAUCCUUCAGGAUAAAGUUUAGAGCUGAAACCAAAGCCUUAAACUUUAGGCUGAUACUUCAGACGGAAGUCUAAUGACACCAAACUGAUCCUUCAGACGUAAAGAUGAUUACCAAAGUCUUAAGCUUUAAACUGGUAAUUCAAAUAUGUCUUUAAACAUUUAUCUGAUUCUUUUGAGGAAAGUCUCAAAGCUAAAUAGGUGGACAAAGUUCCUAAAUGCCCAGCCGCUAAGACAAAUUACAACAUGAUGCCCACACGGCGAAGUGCUAACACAGCGAGGUACUCACACAUCAAGGUACCCACUUAUUGUGGUGCCCAGACAUCAUGGUGCCCACCCGCACAGCAUGACACCCACACGGAAUGGUGCCCACAAAUUGUGGUGCCCAGACAGCGUGGUGUGCGCACAGCAUGACGCCCACGCGGAAUGGUGCCCAGACAGCGUGGUGUGAGCACAGCAUGACGCCCACACGGAAUGGUGCCCACAAAUUGUGGUGCCCAGACAGCGUUGAUGCCCGCACAGCACGGUGCCCGCACAACCUUACACACACAGUGUGACAACAAGCCUCGCGAUUGGUUUUUUAAAAUUGUGAUUAAAAUCAAUCUAACUCAA